UCACUUCUAUAUUUUUCGUUUCAAACUUGAAUUUCUGCUCUGCUCAUUCUCCACUAAAUACUAUACGAAUACGCAUCUCAUUUCGCUUGUAAAAAUUUAAUUUUAAAUCAAAUAUUUAUUCAAAAUCUUUAAAAUUUCUCCCUUUUAACCGUUUUUUUUAAUAAAUUCUUAUAUUAAUUUUGUACAAAUGAUGAGAAAAAUGAAACCAAAGAGCUCCGAGAGCACCCUCUCAGAGGAAACCAGCACGUCGGACACCAUUUCGGAGAAGACAUUGGAGAGCUACGAGGACAGCGAUAUCCCCCAUGAGGACAGCGUAUUCAGCAUCUCCGCCAGCUGCUGCGACCUGUACGGCAGUGAUUCCGACGACUCCGACGACUCGAAUGAGCUGCUCGAGGAGCAGCCUGAUCGCGGAUUCGAUAGGGACUUCUCCAGGGCAAGCAAGCAGAUCGUAAACUGGAAAACCCAUCCCCAACUGCCCUACGGCUGGGAGGAGCGGGUGAUGCCGCACACCAAGGAGACCUACUUCUACGACACCAAGACCGGGAAGGUCCACUACACCCUGCCCCGCAAUGACCCCCUGAAGUGCAGGAACCCGAAGGGGGCCUUCAACUUCAGGAUGCGAUGCCGGCACAUUCUGAUCAAGCACGAGGAGUCGGAGACCCGGAUCUCCUUCUGGCAGAAGAGAGUGCUGCGCACCAAGGCGGAGGCCUUCGAGAGGAUAACCCGUGUCCGGGAGAUGAUUCGAACCGGCAAGAUGAAGUUCGCCCUAGCGGCGUCGGUCGUGUCCGACUGCUGCACCGCCCGGAAGGGCGGGGACAUGGGCUCCAUUAGGCUGGGCGAGACCCUCUUGGACUUCGAGGUAGCGGUGGCCCGGCUGGAAAUGUACGAGCUGUCGGAUAUCUUCGAGACCGAUUCCGGCUACCAUAUAGCGCUGCGCAUUCCGGUGCACCAGAACGACCCGCAGGCCAAGUACAGGAGGUGGAACAAGCGACGGCUCCGACACGUCCUAAACCACAAACAGAAGAAGAACAAGAUGGGCGUGAAGUUCUCGAGCAAGCAGCCCUCGAAGGAGACGUGCGAUGACCGAAUCUCGCCGCCACAGGACGUCCUGGAGAUAUUCUCCCAGGACCGCUGGCUGCCCUCAGACUCGUCCACCUUCGAGGACCAGCGAAAGGAGGAGAUGUACGCCCGGCAGCAGAUGCUCAUCCGGAAGAACGUAAUCGUCGAUCCCGACGACAAAAAGUAUGAAGGAAAGCAGGUGCGGAUUGUGGGACCUUCUUCGGAGCAGAGCGACAAGGACUUUGAUUUCAAGAGUCCCUCGAGGUUUUGGUUUGGAAAUUUGAGUCCUGAUGACUUUCACCAAUGGUAGUCCAUGGUGGAGAGCACUGGACAGGAAACAAGGUGAUCCUUUUUAGCCAAUUUUGGCAUAAAAUAAAGGGGAAAAAUUACA